UCAACACCACAACGGACUCGGGAACCCGAGCGUGGGGGGCAGUGGAGAGGAGGAGCACCUGAUGCAGGCUUUGGGAUGGGAGCCAUUGAGCAAAGCAAACAGGCAGCGGUAGAGAGACAUGGCAGAGGGAAUGGGGUCUUUGGUGGCAACGAGUUGGCUUCCCGAUGUGAGCCUAAGCCAUGCCUCGUAAAGAAGCCAAAGGAUACGAUGAACAGGCGGCACAUUCCAGCAUUCGGGAAGUGGGACUACUCUGAUGAUCUACCCAUCACGCAGUACUUCGAGUCUGCAGUGCAGGCUGGCUUAGUCCCAGGCCAAUUCCUUGGAGAAGAUUCUCAUCUGUUCAAGGUGCCACCAGUAGCCCCAGAGAAACCAGCUCAUCACCAACAACAGCAGCAGAGAAAGAAAGGAGAGAAGCAGCAUCGGAACGGGCAAGAGAGAAAGCAAGCAGGGGAGGAGUGUGACACCACCGCAAGGAGGCUGAGAGCUCCCAAGGCUGUGGACGAGGACUUGUACAAGAUCCCACCCGAGCUCCUCUGCCGGAAGCCCAAGAGGGUAUCAUCAUUCAUUUGCUUCCCGUUCUCAUGCCGAACCACUAACAGUAGCAGUAAACGUGAAUUCUCCUCCACCGUUAAUUGGGUGCAGAAGAAGUUGCUGAGGAGCUUGUGGUCAGGAUGCCUGGGACUCAACUGCAUUGCGUGAGAGAGCAGUAAUGAAGAGUUGCAGGGCAAGUGGGAGCUGUAGUAGAGUCUGCAAUCCUGUGGCGUGGUGCGGUCUUUGAUGCUAGCGAGCGUUCGUCACUUUGGGAGCUGCGCACGGUGGAGGGACGUGUUUGACGAUGGAGUAGUUCGAAACGUCUCCAAAAGGCUACGGUGCUGCUGCGUCGUGGAGUCCUUCUUCCCACGCUUUCUUUGCUUUCGAGUUAUACCCUCUAAAUGUUUGUGCCUACACCCAUCCACUUUUUCGACGCAAUCCACCGAAUCAUGUCUACAUUAUAAAUUGUCUCUUAAUUAUUUAUAUUAAUGAAAUAGGUGAUG